AGAUUUUGCGGAAUUAGAACACUGAUUUUAAGGUUUCAAGUCUGCAUAUAGGACAUUGGUUAUCUUUGUCAUCACACAUUGUAUACGAGAUUCGGCAAUCGUGCAAUCGACUCCCGCAAUAAGCUCCAAAUUGCAAGCCGAAUAGGGCAGAUGGCCGAUUUGAACCUGAUUCACUUCUGAACCGAGUGGAUGAAACCCGGGGCGACCCUGCAUGGAAUCUAAAAUUCGACUGGGCGUGAACAAGGCAACCUUGGAUCGUGUCGUGAGUUGUGGUGCUGCUGCAGCCCGGUAAUGAAAAAAUACAACGCACUGCCCCCCUCUCCAACCUGGGGCGACCGCAUCAAGUAUGCCUUCUCAUGUCCUCCUCACGGCAAGGUGGGCGAGGUGCUGACGCAGGUAGUCCAGCUGCUCCUGGUCUGGGGGGCGCUGUACGCCAUCACUGGGGACGCCGCGGCCCCGGGCGGACACAUCUUCUCUCUCCUCGUCGUCUUCGUCUGCUCCGUGAUGGGCGGCAAAGUCACCGAGGCAUGCGGGCUACCCGCGCUGCUAGGGAUGUUGCUGGCAGGUAUUGCGCUGAGGAGCAUCCCGGGCGUCAAGAUCAUUGGGGAUAGUCUCAACCCCAGCUGGUCUGCCUCCAUCAGGAAAAUGGCCCUGGUGGUGAUCCUGCUUCGGGCCGGUCUGGGCCUGGACCCUAAGGCCCUCAAGACCAUGUCGUUGACGGUCUUUAGGCUCGCCUUCGUGCCCAGCCUCGUCGAGUCCACCACCGUUGCCAUCGUUGCGCACUUCCUCCUCGGCUUUCCUUGGCUGUGGAGCUUCAUGCUCGGAUUCAUCGUAGCGGCAAUAUCACCAUCAGUAGUAGUGCCGUGCCUGCUGCAGUUGUCGCAGCAGGGCUACGGCGUCGACAAGGGCAUCCCCACCCUCGUCAUCGCGGCGGCCACCCUCGACGAUGUCCUCGCCAUCUCAGGCUUCGGUCUGAUGCUCGGCAUGACGUUCUCUGAAGGAUCGUUGACGUGGCAACUUCUCCAUGGACCUCUGGAAGUGUUAAUGGGCUUGUCUUACGGGGCCAUGAUGGGCUUCAUCUGCUGGAUCUUGCCUAACGAACACCACCAGAGCCGCUCGUUUCAGCAGUUCACCAUUCUUAUCAGCGCCGGCUUCUUUGCACUCUUCGGCAGUCAGAAGAUUAACUUCGGCGGCGCAGGAGCGCUAGCGGUUCUGUGCAUGGCGUUCAUAGCGGGCAUCGGGUUCAGGCGGCAGUCCGGGGGCGACAAGAACCUUGUGGGUCAGCACUUCACGGUCGCCUGGGGCUACCUCAUGCCCAUGUUAUUUGCUCUCAUGGGCACCGAGAUACAAAUCAUGCAACUAGAGCUCGACACCAUAUGGUUGGGGGUUGCCCUGUUGUGCAUCAGCCUGACGUGUCGCGUGGUGACGACCUUCUUCGUGGUGCUCGGCAGCGGCCUGAACAUCAGGGAGCGAUUCUUCGUCGCCCUCGCCUGGCUACCGAAAGCAACAAUCCAGGCUGCGAUAGGCUCCACAGCGCUGGACUACGCCGUUCGCAUCGGAGCCGACGAAACCGAGAUCGCUCUUGCCAAAAAGGUGCUGACCAUCGUAGUUUUGGUGAUUUUGAUCUCUGCGCCCAUCGGGGCCAUCGCCAUCAUGACCUCCGCCCCCCGACUCCUGCAGCGCGCUAUUCAGCCCGCGCCCUCUACCAGCGUCUAAUGAAUAGCUUACCUCCAUGGUGGAGUUUCAGUGUCAUUUCAUUUUUCAUAAUAUUAUUUUUACAAAAUUUUUACGUGUAAAUUUCUACUUACUGCUUUAGUCCACAAUGAAGAUGCGCCACUUUGAGAAAUGGUUAGAUUUGGGCCGAUGUUACUAUGGUUGAGACUUGAGAGAACAACGCUCCUAGAUAUCUUUGAGGACUUAAUUAGGACGAAUGAUCGACGAGAAAUGCCACACUCUCAUGUGCCUCAAUAAAUUGCGAAGUGCCUCGCUAAUUUCAUAUUCGUUUUCUUUAGUUGAUUGUUAGAGAAAAACAUUCUAGCACAAACUACAAUAAAUUUUUCCAUAUGAUAUACAAAUUAUCAACGACAAAUAAAACUACUCGUAAACAUAGGAUAUUUAGAACGUAAGACUUUUUUGUCUACUUAUACGAAUUGUACCAGUUACUACUCCCUGAUUCAUGUGAAUUUCGGAAUAAAAUUCCAGAAGGAACCUGAAGUAAAUUUCGAAUUUUUAUAAAAUCUAUUUAAAUCUACUUUGAGUUAUUUUCGACGCCUAUAUCAGUGAAACACUUCUAGCAAUAAAUCAAGAAAUAUAAUAAAUCAUCCAGCAUGAUUUUCAAUUCUCCAAUCGUGUGGCAAGUCACAUGUAUAUUAUACUCGGGAUAAGUCAAUGUGUGACAUGCGAACCAUCAACUUUUCUAUGCCGAUAUAGCCAUAUAGGUUAUGUAUUGAUACUGUUAUAGGUCCUUUAACAUCAGGCGAGUACUGUAGCGAUGCUAAACGUUCAGAAAUACUUAACAUCGUUUUCGAAAAUGAAACCCA